AUUGAUUUAGUCGACGAUAAGACCAAUGAUUCCAAACCAAAUGAUGUGACCAUUGAGGACACACCAAACGGGUCACAAAGAACGGUUAAACGCAAGAAUGAUUCUCAAUCACCGAAGGAAUCAAAGAAAGCCAAGAAUAUAGAAGUGGCUCCAGAAGUGAUUCCGACAAAAGUGACCGAUGGAUGCGUUUAUGUGAAGGGAGGCGAGAAUCUGACUGUCAUUACACUUCACGAAGCGUUGAAUCAUCAGCGAUACGAUCAGUUUGAGAUGUCAAUUGUUUCCGAAGUGAUUAGAGAGUCUUUGAUCCAUCAUUUUUCGCACUAUAUUUUGUCGACUUUAAUCCAUAACUACAAGAAUCCCGUCUCGAAGGACGAGAAGAGUGCGGAAACGGCGAAACCGACUCCAAUGCCUAUAAACUACGUCCACCUGUCGUUUGCAUACUUCGAUUCCAGUCAUUGCGGACACAUUUUGGCCGACGAUUUGACAAAACUAUUAAAUAACGCGAAUUUCACUCUUUCGCGAAAAGCUUUCAAUCUUCUGAUGAGUACUGAA